ACGAUCCUGGAAGCUAAAUGCUAAAUUCGCUUGUUUAUUUUUCAUACACAAAACAAUUUUUGUUUUCUCCCAACUUUUUGACUCAAAUUCGAAUUUGAACUGGAUUAAAAUGGAUGAUGAGUACGAGGGUGAUGGAUGGGGAGGUGGAGACUCCGCGGAUAAUGACUCCGACGCUGGAGAAGUUGAAAAUCCGGAAGAAGUGCUUUCGGAAUGUCUCAAGAAAUUCAGCACUCCCGACUACAUUAUGGAACCAGGAAUUUUCGUCCAACUCAAAAGAUAUUUCCAAGCUGGAGGAAACCCUGAGCAGGUGAUCGAAUUGCUUUCUGGAAACUACAGUGCUGUCGCUCAAACCGCAAACCUUUUGGCAGAAUGGCUUAUAUUAGCUGGUGCCAAAGUGACCGAUGUGCAGGCGAUGGUGGAAAACCACUUGAAAGAAAUGGUCCUCAAAACUUUCGACCCCAAAAAGGCAGACACUAUUUUCACAGAGGAGGGAGAAACACCUGGAUGGUUGACUGAAAUUAUCGAUCAUCCCACUUGGAGAUCUCUGGUCUAUCGUCUUGCCGAAGAAUAUCCCGACUGUUUGAUGCUUAACUUUACCAUUAAGCUCAUUUCUGAUGCCGGAUUCCAAGGAGAGAUAACGAGCAUCUCAACCGCUGCCCAACAAAUUGAAGUGUUUUCUCGAGUUUUGAAGACUGCCGUCGCGAGUUACCUGAACAACCACGAAAACAGGCCGACCAGUUUGGCUGAAUGCGCUAAAAUGGUCUGCCACGGUCAACACACAUUUGUCUACAGUCAAGUUCUGCUUCAAGUUUUGGCUCAAGAGGCAAAGGGUGGUUCAAACAUGAAGAGAUUGUCUCAAGAAAUAACCAAGUGUGCCAGAGAAAAUGGUCACGACGUCACACCAAUCACAAUGUCCCUGAAUGGCAGCUCGAGCCACCCAGUGGCGUGUCAGGCGCUGUCCUCGAUGUUCGCCCGCAACUCUUUGAACCCCGCAGACAUCAGCCUGCUGUACCGCCACUACAACUCCAACGACCCGCCGCCCAUCGAACUCAUCCGCACCCCGCACCUGCUCGAGCUGCUCGUCGACGUCCUUUUCCGGCCCUCGGUGAAGCUCAACCCCGAACACAAGCCCAAAUACAUGUUCCUGCUGGCGUACGCGGUCAGUGUGAGCGAGGGCGGCCGCGGCAGGAACAAACCGGCCAGCAAGGAGGAGCUCAAGCCCACCAUGCAGGCCAUCGAGAAGGUGCACGCCAUCUGCUGCAGCAACCCCAGCUCCACCGAAAUCAUUGCCGAACUCAACACCCUGUACAACUGCAUCCGCUUUCCGGUGGUGGCCGUCGGGGUGGUUCGGUGGGUCGAGUGCGUCGUCACCGAGCCCAGUUACUUUAAACUCAGCACCGAGCACACCCCCAUUCACUUGGCCCUGCUGGACGAGGUGGUCACGUGCCACCAGUUGCUGCACAGGGCCGUCCUCAAUUUGCUCAUCCGACUUUUCGAAAGCAAACAGGACGAGCUCGAAAUUUUGGUGCAGUUGGAGAUGAGGAAAAUGUUGCUGGACCGUAUGGUGACCCUUUUGAGUGUGGGAUGCGUUGUGCCUGUUGUCCAAUAUGUGAUCCAGUGCUGGCAGCGAGGAGACACAGAUAUCUCACUAAUCAGAUACUUUGUCACUGAGGUUUUGGAGGCCAUUUCUCCACCAUACACUGGAGAGUUUGUGCAACUUUUCUUACCAAUGGUUGAGCACGAGGAAGUGACGGGGACCACUCGAGGGGAUGGAGAGAAUGAUCCUGUUUCCGAAUUUAUAGUUUACUGCAAGGCCAAUUAUGUUAACUUGUAAGCCUCAAUGUGAAUUUUAUGCAUUUAAACAAAUGUACAGAUCAUGAUUUCCCAAUCGUUUUAUUUCAUUCAUAUUUGCACGUAUUUGUAAAUUUGUACAGAAUAGUUCACAAUUACAUACAUUUGAUCUGCAUUCUGAUCAAGCCUCCCACGUACACAUUAUUUUUUGUUUUUUGUGUUUAAAUAAAAUAAAAAUUGGUUAAAGGA